AUGGCUUCUCCAGCCAGCAAGCCCGUUUCUAACCUCGCCGCUGCCUUCGCGGGCCAGUCCCCCUCUGCCAACAUACCCAUACCACGUGAGGGCGGACAUGUCUCCGCCCCUGACCGCCCUAACAUGCUCCUGACCCCCCCGAAUUCGAUAUCCCCGACCCUUCCACCCCACAAACACCGGCCUGGUAUAGCAACAACGGUCGCUUCUCCUCCGCCUGUGCUGCUGGAUUCUGACAUCGACCUCCAGGAUGCCGUCGAGCAUGCCGCGGCGCAGGACCAACCCUCUGCGCUCUCCAGGGAGGCACUUGCCGCAGUGGAAUCCUCCGGCCAGAUCACUCCUGCUAUGCUCGCGAAAUACCAUUUGCCUGGCAUUCUCUCGAAUGAAACCCCCCAAGCCAUUCGCUUCGUGCUCCAAGCACUAAACGAGGAAGUGCCGGGGUUCUCUCGCAUCCAGCCUGCGAAGGCGCGGAGGCUGGUCGUCGCCGCCCUGGAAAAUCGCGCUGGAGGGGGUGUAAACGGCGAAAUAGAAUUUGAGAAGGUGGGGUGGGGCAAGUGGAAGUGUCGUCGGAAGGGACAACCGUCCCGAAACGUGCACGCUGUUCCAAUAGGAGCGCAUGGCCCCCCCCGUUCCGGCCCUUCUCCGCCUGCCAGCAUGGACAGCGCUGGCGGGCUCCAGGUCCCCCGGAACACCUCACGGGACCAUCGAGAUAUGUACUCUACCAGCUGGGGAGCAGAUUCGGCCAUGAGCUCUCGCGAUGAAGACAUGGCCGAGGGAAUGUCUCUGGACGGCUCUGAAUCUGACUCAUCUGAUAUGGAUCUGGAAGACGACCUUGACGAUGACACGGAUAUGGAAGAUAUGUCCAACUUUAGGCCCGAUGAACUCAGCCUCGACCACGGUAGCUAUACCGAAAUUCGCGACUACAACUACCUCUCCCGAACAUCGGGGGCGCGGUUCCGCUCUGCUUCAGCGCAGGCAGCUGGCAUCCCAAUCGGG